AGGCGCAGAAUCAGAACUUUUUCGUUUCUUCGAGGGAGGCAUUCCAGUGGGUCACGAGCUUCGACGACUAACUUUAAGUUUCAAGCUGUUUCAAAAUCUCAUGUCCUACACUUGCUACAGCCUCGUUGCGUUGCUCCUCUACGAUGCUCUUGCAUUAUCGCCAUACUAAUGUAUCUCAAGCUUUCUGUUUCGCCCGUUUGCAGUCAGAGUGGAGGUUAACUGUCGAACUCGCGAAUUUUCCGACAUUUCUCCGGGGAGAUUUAUAAAGAACUUCCUGUCAAUAUCUUCUCAUCGAAUUCCACCUGUGUUUCCCACUCAUCUCACAUAUAUCCUGCACCUAUGACAACUUUCAACGUUGAAGAAACACUUUCGAAACUCUCUGUUAUUCAGAAGAUUAAGCUCUUAUCUGGGCUGGGCUGGUGGCAUACGGAACCAGUAGCAGAAUAUGGAAUCCCAUCGAUGAGGAUGAGCGAUGGCCCGAAUGGCGUCCGUGGAACGAGAUUCUUUAACGGUGUCCCCUCUUCAUGUUUCCCUUCUUCGACGGGGCUGGGUGCAUCCUUUGAUGUUGAUUUGGCCUACAAGGUCGGAAUUGCCCUAGGUGAAGAAUGCCGGGCCAAGGGCUGCCAUAUCCUUCUAGGUCCUACUGUUAAUACCCAACGAUCGCCUCUGGGUGGACGAUCCUUUGAAUCGUUUGCCGAAGAUCCUACGUUGAACGGGUUAAUCGCUGCUGCCUACAUAAACGGAGUCCAGAGCAAAGGAGUCAGUGCGACGAUCAAGCAUUACGUCGCAAAUGAUCAAGAAUUUGAAAGGUUUUCUAUUAGCAGUGAUGUUAGCGAGCGUGCACUGCGCGAGAUUUACCUCAAGCCUUUCCAGCUUGCUCUGAAGCAUUCGGAUCCUUGGGCUUUGAUGUCUUCCUACAAUCGCGUGAACGGUGUCCAUGUCUCAGAAAGUCCCCGGCUAUUGGACGAUAUCCUUCGCAAAGAAUGGGGAUUCAAGGGACUUAUAAUGAGCGAUUGGAUUGGCGUGUACAGCACCGUGGAGAGCAUCAAGGCCGGCGUGGAUCUAGAAAUGCCAGGACCUACAGUCAUGCGUGGAAAAGCAGUCGAGCGAUCAUUAGCAGCCCAGAAACUAUUUAUCAGCGACGUAGAUGAAAGGGCGCGUAAGGUUCUCGAACUUCUUCAGAAGGCUUAUGCCUCAGGUAUCCCUUUCGAUGCGCCAGAGGAAGGAGUAGAUACUCCAGAACUACGACAACUCUUGCGUGAAUCAGCUGCUGAUUCCAUCGUCUUGCUCAAGAACGAUAAAAAUGUCCUACCUCUCACUGUGGAUUCGAAAAUCAAGUCGAUCGCUGUGAUCGGCCCGAACGCGAAGUACGCGUUCUCUUCAGGAGGAGGAUCGGCGAGGUUGCUCGAGUCGUAUACCGUCACACCACUGCAAGCUAUCCAGGCUGUCGCAGAGAAGCGGGGUCUUGAUGUGAAGUUUGCACUAGGCACAACCACUCAUAAGCUCAACCCAUUACUUGAUCCGUACAUCACCCUUCUAGACGGAACAGGGACUGGUGCGCUAUUGGAAUUUUGGAACGAAAUCCCCGCCAAUGGCUUUGCCACCGCUAACUCGAAAUUGACGGAUAAUCUCAAGCCGUGUACUUGGAGUUGUACUACGAAAGUUAGCAAUUGCGUAUUGCUUGAUGGCGUCGAUGACACCAAAGUCGAAAAGGAUUGUUACCUCCGGUAUUCGACGGUCUUUACCCCAGAAGAGUCGGGCACAUAUGAAUUCUCACUCACCCUAGCGGGAAGCGGCAAUCUUUUCUUCGGUGAUAAUCUCAUCAUCGACCUCAGCACCUCCCCCGCGCCUGGCGACUACUUUAUGGGGCUGGGAACCGCAGAAGUGAAGGCACAAGUGAAUGACCUCAAAGCUGGUCAAGGUUACAAGGUUGAAAUACGAGCUAGUAACCGCGAUUACGUCAAACAAGUUCCUAUUAUACCCAAUUGGGGUGGGUUGAGGAUCGGAGCUGUUAAAGUUGUUGAACCCGAAGACGCUCUCAACGAAGCGGUUGAUUUGGCGAGAGUCUCUGAUGUCGCGAUUCUCGUUGUGGGCUUAAACCAUGAAUGGGAAAGCGAAGGAUAUGAUCGUCCCGACCUCGAGCUACCGGGUCUCACGAAUCGCCUCGUCUCUGAGGUUUUGGAAGUCAAUCCGAACACGAUUGUCGUCAACCAAUCCGGCUCAUCGGUAACCUUCCCGUGGAUUGACGAGGCACAUACUGUUUUGCAGGCCUUUUACGGUGGUAACGAACUAGGAAAUGGGAUCGCCGAUGUAUUAUUUGGAAUAGUGAACCCUUCCGCAAAGCUUUCGCUGACCUUCCCGAAACGACUGGCGGAUGUACCCUCUUACCCUUCGUAUGGAAGCAAGGGACAAGAACAUGGCAGGAUCCUGUAUAAUGAGGGUGUCUUCGUAGGAUACAGAGGGUAUCAAAUCAAGAAUAUAACACCCAUGUUCCCGUUCGGAUUUGGCCUGUCUUACUCAGCAUUCGAAUACUCAGCUCUAAAUUGCUCUGAAAUCUCGUCAGAAGGAAAAUUUACCGUGGCUUUCACUAUCAAGAACACUAGCAGUGUAUACGGACGAGAGGUUGCACAAAUCUACAUAGCGGACGAUGAGGCCUCUCUUCCCCGACCUCAGAAAGAGCUGAAGGGCUUUAAGAAGGUAGCUUUGCAGGCGGGAGAGAGUCAGAGUGUUGAAACUGAAUUGGACCGAGAAGCGUUAGGGUUCUUCAAUGACAGAAGAGGAGAGUGGGUUGCGGAGAAGGGGGUGUUUAGUGUUUUGGUUGGAGCUUCUUCUGAAGAUAUCAAGCUGAAGGGGAGUGUCGAGUUAAGGAAUGGUUUAGCAUGGCGUGGACUUUGAUCAUUUCGGUAAAUCUUGUACUACCACCAAUGUGAUUUAAAUUAUGUGAAUAUCGAACACGUGCUCGUC